GUGGUGCUGAUGAUGGUGACUCUCGGGCUCGCGCUCAUGGCGUGUUCACGCGGCGUGGAGGCGCGUGUCCGGCUCAACUCCAUCCGCACCGUGAUUCUCAGGGAGGGUCACGCGCUACCGGUGAACAAGAGCGCGUGGGAACCGAGCGUGGACCUCACGCUCUACCAGUGCAUGAGUGACCUGGAGUGCAGUGAGGGCAGCUACUGCCACGCCCCCUCCAAAGGCCCCGCCCACUCUCGAUGCCAGACCUGCCGCAGGAGGAAGAGGCGUUGCCAUAGGGAUGGGAUGUGUUGCCCCGGCAACCGCUGCAGCAGCAACGUUUGCGUCCCCAUCAUGGACGUCUUCGUGUCCCAGAGGAUCCCCGACACCGACGGAGGAGCGAGUCUGCUCCCAAAGAAGAAGGGAUGGAGGAAGAGGGGGAGAGUGGAGGUGAAACCGUCCCCAGUGUCUCCAGGUCAGGUGGGAGACCCCUGCCUGCGGUCGGCCGACUGCUCCGACGGUUUGUGCUGCGCUCGCCACUUCUGGACUCGAAUCUGUAAGCCGGUGUUGCGGGAGGGACAGGUUUGCACGCGACACCGGCGCAAAGGAAACCAUGGCCUGGAGCUGUUCCAGCGCUGCCCCUGUGGAGACAAGCUCACCUGUAGGACGGUGCUGGAGGCGCCUUCAUCACCAUCAUCUUCAUCAUCAUCAUCAUCAUCUUUACUGGCUGUGGCUGCAAAGUCCAAGUUUGCUGCUUCUUCUUCUUCUGCUUCUUCUUUACCACCGCUGCCUUCCUCAUCCUCAUCAUCAAAGUCGUCAAAAACGAGACUCCACAUCUGCCAGAGAAACUAAUUGAACAUGGAAAGAAAAGACUGGGGCCGAGAGGAAGAGCUCCUUCUCUUCACCAAUGACCUGCCCUGGAGGGAAGGCCGAGAGAGGCCGAGGAGGAGGAGGAGGAGGAGGAAGGAGGAGGAAGGAGAGGGUGAACCCGUUUGUCUCGAUGCUAAUGAGCUUCCUGUCAGGCUGCAUUCACACAACAGCUGAAAGUCUUUGUGGCUCAGCUCUGGUUUCCUCCCGGAGCAUCUAGACGAGCAGAAACUGCUUUGAAAUCCAGUUUGACUCCGUUUUGACAGGAAAAUCUGUAACGAAUAAAAACAUGAAGUUUGGCAUGUGUUAGCUAAUGUAAGAACAUUUCAGCUUUAUCUGGAACAUUGUUAGGAGGUAAAAUCUUUAACACCUUCUGAUCAUGUGUUAAAGUUUGAGUUUCACAGUAAUAAACAUUUAGCAUAGGUUAGCAUAGCUGCUGAAUACCUGUUAGCUUAAGACAGAGACUAAUUUACAUGGAAAUAAAGGGCGUCGUGGAUACAGUGUUCCACUGAAACCACACACACACAAAGAAACACUACAACUUCAAGAUGAAAAAUACUGGUGCAAUUUAUUCAAAUGACUAAAUUCAGACUGUCGCUUGCUUUCGCUGUAUAUUUCUGUAUAUUUCAGAUAAAUGUUGGUGUAAUUAUUGUGUGUCUGUUCGCUGUGUUCAGAAGGAGUCGCUGAUGUAGAACAGCCACCGAGCAGUUUGUCAUUAAAAUGAUUUUAUUCUUCA